AUGGUUUAUCUGUCCGCUUUGCAGGUGGCUGAGGAGAUGCGGUUUGUUCUUUGCUUGUUAAGCAGUGAGAGACGUCACAUUUACCCCCAACACAUUACAGACAAGGGCUUCAUAAAUAUUGGGCUCUUUGUCUAAGAAAGGAGUUCAGUCGUGGCAGAUUGAGAAAUGAUGGCCCUCACUUUGCUGGCUGGCCUGCACUUUAUGUUACCUUUUGUUUCUCCUGCAAGAAAUAUUUCUCUCAAGUGCAUGCAAGACACUGAUGAAUUCCUUUCUGAUCUGAAUGCGCUGGAGCCCAAAGACUACGCUCUGAGAAUGUAUGACUCGGUGGGGAAGCUUGGAAGCAACGUUCUCAAUGGCAAUGUGGACAGGCUGGGGUCCUACAGCGAGUGCCUUUCCACCCAGGGCCCUGGGGGAAGUUUCCGAGGCCAGUACUGCAAGCUUCAUAUACUGCAGGAUGGAGCAGACUACAGUGUGGGUGUGUGCGUCCCUGAUUCUUGUGGUGAAGAGGAUGUGACCAUGAUGUCUCAGCUGGAUAUUCUAAGGUUCAGAAAUACUUCAUUUUUGGCACCCUCCCUCUCCCUCUUUACAAAAAACUCUUCCUCAUCACCUUGUGAAAGUGUGGCCCGAUGUGCUGCUGGGGUGUUUCUGCUGGACACGUUUGCCACCGUGUGUCUGUCCAUCACCUUGCUAGGCCUUGUCCUUCCUGUGGCUGGGACUGUUUACAUGGUGGCCAGGGGCUGGGGCUUAGACCUCAGGACAUCGCUGGCACAUGGGACUUCUCCUGCAGGUUGUGAGAGUCUGCCUUUGAGAAACAUGGAGAGCAAUGGGCAAAGAAGCAGGAACCCGCAGACCGGUUGCCAAGCUCACCAAUCCCCAUCAGGACACCUGAGCAGAGGAAAAAGAUUUCUAGGAGCCAUGGAUGGAGUUCUACAGUGCUUUUCUUGGCAAAAGAACAUGCCAGCCAUCUGUACUCCAGAGCUGCCAGGACGCACCUGCCAGACACUCAACGGGAUCCGAGUCCUGAGUCUCCUGUGGAUUGUCUCGGGACAUACUAGUCAGAUGACUGCUUGGCUGUCUUUGGAUAAUGUGCUUGAAUGGAAAGCCAGAGUGCCUGUCAAUCCGUUGUACCUCUACUCUCGGAGUGGUCCAUUCUAUCUCGGGGUGGAUACCUUUUUCCUGAUCAGUGGUUGGUUAAGUGCAAGGUCAUUUCUAAAGAUGCAGCAGAACUCAAACAUGGGAAUAACCCCUACAGUCAUACUCAGAUACUUUCUCAAGCGUUUUACAAGGUUGCAGUUUCUUCAUCUGUACUCAGUGUGUUUGCUGGUUGGACUCUUCUCUUUUGUCCCCUGGGGACCUGUCUGGGAAGUUCCACAGUUCCACUGGGAUAACUGCCGGCAUGUCUGGUGGACGAACCUGUUGCUGCUGAAUAACUUCGUGUCUGUUCAGAAAGCCUGCAGUGGCUGGACUUGGUACCUCGCCAGCGAUUUCCAGUUCCAUCUCCUGACACCGUUGGUCUUCUUCGUCUACAGAAAAAAUAAACGUGUCCUUGUCCUCCUCGGGGCACUGCUGUUCCUGACAUCUUUCACUGCUACUGCUCUGCUCACAUUGGCUUAUAAACUUCCUGUGGCAUCUCCAUCAGCAGCCAGUGAAAAGGAAUCUGCGCUGUAUUUCUCAGAGUAUUACACCAAGCCCUACUGCCGGUGCGGCCCGUUUCUUGUGGGCCUCUUCCUGAGCAUGUUCAUGCAUUCAGAUCACCCUACAAACGUUCUCAAGACUACGGUGCAGGCCGUGCUGGGCUGGACUUUCUCUCUGCUGACCCUGUUUGUAGUUGUCGCCUUGGCAUACGUAGUGGAUGAUACCUCUCCAACCUCUUCCACGGCCACUGCCAUCUAUCAAGCCCUCCAUCGGACCCUGUGGGCCGCCGCUGUGGGCUGGGUCAUCUUUGCCUGUCAGGAAGGCUAUGGAGGUCUGGUGAAGCGGGUGCUUUCUUGUGGCAUCUGGCGUCUCCCGGCUGCUAUCAGUUAUGCCUGCUACCUCUCGCAUCCCAUUGUGAUCAUUCUCUAUAACGGACUGCAGGAGACCCUUAUUCACUAUACUGACACCAAUAUGUUCUAUCUUUUCUCUGGACACUGUGUGCUGACCUUCCUCUGUGGGUUGGCCCUGACGCUGCUCAUCGAGCAGCCAUGGCAGCAGCUGAAGUGUGGCCUGUGGGGACCAGCGCCUGCUGGGCUGUGAGCAAUCCAACUGAAACCCGAGAGAACCACAGCCCACCUGCGAAUCCGAAUGUGAAUCUGAUUUUGUGAACAUUUAUCGUGUACAAUGUAUACAGAUAAACUGUGUUCACUAUAAAAGCAAUUCUAUCAUGAUCUCUCUCUCUCUCUCUCUCUCUCUCUCUCUCUCUCUCUCUCUCUCUCUCUCUCUCUCUCCCUCCCUCCCUCUCUUUCUCCUUCUUCUUUCUUUCCCUCUUGGCUUGGAUCUGACUUUCAGUGGGCCAUAGUGUUAAAGCAUUAAAAUGGAGGCCAGGUCCAAACCAUAAAAAAAAAAAAAACCAGGAAGUCGCCGUCUUCCUCCUGCAUGACCUUGGCUUUGCUUGAUUUGAAAGCAUCAGCAAAAUGUAAGUUGAACUACUUCUCAUACAUUUGCAUAUUAAAUAAAGAAUGAAAAAUUAAACGCAACCAAUCAGAAGUAGACAAAAAAGCUUACAUAACUAGGAGCUCUUCAAUGGGAAGAGACCAAAUAAACAACUGUGGAGCUGUAACCAGUCCCAUUGGCUUGGCUUCCAUGCCACCCCGAUGAGCUUCCAUGUGAAAGGCCUGGGCCACACUGGGUUUGGAGCUCCCCGGGAACUAUUAGCGUUUGCUCAGAUAAACUCUACAGCUUUGUUGUGCCUCAGAUGACAUUUUAGCAUUAGGCAAUUACCCAAUGUAAUGCACAUAUCGUAAUUUGAAUCCUAAAGCUCAUGUGGUUUAUGCGGAAGGCUGUUAUCCUCACCAAAGUCGUGUCACAUAGCUGUCUACAUGUGUUAUUGUAGAAACAACCAGCUUUGUCCACAUAUUGCUAUGAUGCCUGAUAGAUUAUAACUUUACCUUGGGUCCUCAGGGUGCUGUGACCCACUAGCAUUUAUGACCCAUGAGACUUUGUCAACACUGGCUUUUAAAAGUUAUCUUUCCUAAAACAUGGUCCUGCCAUGAAUUGAAUUGUGCCCAUUCCCCUGAAAGAUCUGUUGAGGUUUUAGUCCCCUGUGCCCCAAAAUGUUGCCUUUUUAGAGAGAGAUUUCCUAUGUUAAAUGAGGUCUCUGAGACAUGAGGUCCCAAUUUAAUGUCUAGUGUCCUUAUAAAAAAAAGACACACACACACACACACACACACACACACGAGGAAGAUGAUAUGAAGACACUGCACACACACACACACACACACACUCUCAUGCACACACACAUUGACUCAACUAUACUCACACAUUCAUACACAUACUCUCACACUUAUACACACUCACAUAGUACACUCAUAACACGUAUACACAUGUACACAUAUGUGUGCAAUAGGCAUUUGGCUGCCAGCAGCGUGAGGCAGACGACUAUUUCUGCUGUUUUAAGCCAUUUAGUUGUAGUAUUUUGUUACAGCAGCCUUAGGAAGCUAUAGUGGUCCACUUAGUCUACAGAAGCUACAUUUCAUGAGUAGAUGGCUGAAGCUGCAGACUAUCAACCCCAGUAUGUCUGUUUUUCUGUAUUCAUACAUGUCUAUGAUAACGUGUAAUUUGUAAAUUAGGUGAAGAAAGAAAUAAAUAAUAACUGAUAGUAACUCAUAGUAGGAUGAUUAUAAUAUACUGCAAUAUACUAAUUCUAUAGCUAUGUAAACAAUACUUUGCAAUAAAUAUUUUGUGACUGCGCCCCUA